AUUACAAUUCCUUUGUAAUCGAUAAAAUUGGAAAUAUAUUUAACAAACUACGACUUUUAUUCAAACCUGAGUCGACGUCAAUAUAAAGACAUUUUGUCGAAAAUAAAAAAAACAAAAACUUUAGAAUGUUUUCGAGAAUGAGUGAACCCGGUGAUAUGGAAUCAAUGUGUUUACUGACGGAAAGUGAUUCGGAUACAUUUUCAAGAAACCAUAACAUUCCAGACUUACCUAAUACAAAAGACUAUCAUCUGUUUGUUUGCUAUACUGACUACAAUUCAGCCGAUGUUCGAGUAAUUGUUGAAAAUUUGGAAGGCGAGGGAUUAAAAUGCUGUUAUCAUGAGCGUGACUUUCAACCUGGUCAAAAUGUUUUCCAUAACAUCAAUUCUGCUAUAAAACGGAGCAUGGGCAUCAUCAUUAUUCUUUCGGAAGAAUCAGUUAACAGUAGCUUCUGUCAGCAUGAAAUUCACCAAGCGGUUCAUACAAGAAUAACAGAUGACUACACAAUCAUACCUAUCAAGAUCGAGCCAUGCGAUAUUCCUGAUAAUCUGAAAACAACAACAUACAUUGAUGCUCAAAACAUAGAAACGAUAGAAGUUCAUAAACUAAUCCUAAAUGCAUUUUUACAAGACGUUUGGCACGUGGAACACAACAAUACAAAUGGCUUAACUCGACGCAUGUCAAUGACACAAUAUAAAGAAGGGUGCAAAUGGACUACAGUAUCAAGAUUCAAAUUACUGAUUGACAAAAAAGAAAGAAUGUCUCUCAGGAGAAAUGGCUUUGUUGUCUCAGAUGCGAGGUUUGAUGAAAUGGAAGCCAUUGUCAGCAACUCGUUCCCUGUUAAAUACAAACACAUACUAAUACAUCUUACCAGAUAUACAACACUUGUAUUCUUUAUUCUGAGUCUAAUAACUGUUGGUUUGGAAUUUACCUACGUUUCCUUCAGUUUUGGUAGAGAAAUGGAUAAUUCUGGAUGGUUAAAUACCAACGGUUUUAUAGCAAGAGGCAUUUUUGUAAAUAUAAUCUUUUGGCUUUGUUUAAUUGCAAUUGAUGGUUGUGGCAAAUUGUUCCGUUUCGAGAAAUGGAAAGGAUUUACACAUUCAUAUGAAGAAAAGGCAAAAGAAGAGCUGAACGAGAAACUUUGGAACAGAAUUAAUAGAGAGACAAUGAGAGACGACAAAUAUUUUGUACUCUUUCAAGACGAUCAUUUGAACAUUGUCCGUUUUGACCGAAAGCCAUGCCAGGACGUUUUUGUGCGACGAUGUCAGCUUCUAAAAUCUCUGACGAAAUACAUGUGUCCAGGAGAGACGGACGUUGAAUAUACGGAGCGUCUGGUUGAAGCAUAUUUACAAAAGGACUUUAUCAAGCUGACUAUUCCGACCAAAGGUGACGGCCGCCACACAAUGAUAAACGGGGCUUCAUGUCUUUGUUCUUUACUUGAGAAUGAGAUUUUAAAAAAGGAUGAUGAUGAUGAUGAUGAUGAUGAUGAUUAAGUGUGACUUGUGUCGUUCAAUCAAGUGAAUUCAAUAGCAUGACGUGUGGCGGGCUUAUGGCAUUAUUAUACAUAAAUAAUGCUACUUGAUUUCAUUUGGUUUCAAUUUUGAAAGACAAAUUUUAAAUUAUUUUAUCACUUUCAUACAAAAAUUGCAAACUGAUUUAGUAAAUAACUAACACAUAUAGACCAGAGCAGUACAUGUUUUUUUUUUUUCUUUUUGACUUGAUUAUUUCUCUCCUCAUGCAAAGUAUAUUUAUGCAAUAUUGUGCCUUAGUCAAAGAAUAAACUAGUUCUCCUAUUAGUUAUAAAGUCAUUUCCUCGACAUAGCUGACGAUUUCUUUUCAUUUUUAACUGAACUUCUCUUUUUUUAUCUCGUUCCAACAAGUUAUUAAUUCCUUCCCAAAGGAUCCAAAGUCGUUUCCUCGAAGUCAGACAAUAUUUUUUCAUAAGUUGCAUAUGAACAUACAAGGAUAAUAUAAAAUUCAUCCUCUACAUACUUCAUUUUUAUCAUGUUUAUAGCAUUAUCAUCAAUUUUUAUUUUUCGCAAAAAAUAACCGUUUUUCUUUUAUUGGUUUAGACAUAAAGCAGCGGAAGAUUAAACCAAAGAAUUCUUUGUUAUAACCUAUUUGAAAUGGUAAUCCAUUUCAAAGUUAGGAGCUAGCAACUUUUUAAGGAGGAUGGAAAAUCUUGUCUCUACAAUUUCCAAAAUUGGAAGACUGUACCAAUCGGACACUUUUCAAAUUGCUUAAAAUGAAUCUAAUAAACAUUAUUAGCAUUAAAUAUCCAAAAUUAGGAUCAACACAAUAAAAAAAUAUUAAAAGUUUACCAAAAAACAUGCAGGUAAAUUUACUGUUUCAUAAUAGAAAAUAAUCCCAUGGGAUUUACAUGGCAGAAAAUCCCAUGGGAUGAGUAAAUCCAUCGAGAAAUGCUUGGCAGAGUUUAAAUGAUUCCAUUCACUUAAUUUCAAAUCGUCAUAUAUUUGACAUGUAGAUCUGAUCGCCAACUACUCUGUUUCACUUUCUGUCCCAUUCUUAUUUUUCAUUUAAGCUAUUUUAAGCUAACCAACGAUGCAAGUGGUACACCUUCAGAAUGUAUGAGCCCCGCUAUCUUGAUUUAUGGACCGCGACAUCUUGACUGAGACAGGGGGGCUGUAACUUUAGUCUUAGGGCCCGUCUACACCUAUCCAUGUCUUGAAUGCAAGUAUCAUAUUCUCUUGUAUUGCAUAGUGUAGACACCCUACUUAAAUGAGUUUAAAGAGAAAUUAUGUGACAUCCAAGAAGAUAAUUCCUUGCAAGAAAGUGAGGGCCCGUCUACACCUAUCCAAGUCUUGAAUGCAAGUAUCAUAUUCUCUUGUAUUGCAUAGUGUAGACACCCUACUUAAAUGAGUUUUAAAGAGAAAUUAUGUGAUAUCCAAGAAGAUAAUUCCUUGCAAGAAAGUUAGAACACAUUUUAUUUUUCUACAAGUUUUUGGCUGUCAAGACACUGAUAACACCGGUUUGACACAAAACAUGUGCCCCGAAGGUGUGAUAGUGUUUUUUUAUUAUUAAUUUCUUACGUUUUUGUUACUGAUUCAGUGUUCAUGAUCUGUAAAUUUUAGUAAAUGUAUAAAAUAUCUUGGUCAGAGGAACAUAUCAAUACACUGAUACACAGAAGUGCACAAAAAACAUUUAAAAAAUCAGUUUUCAAGCAGUCAAAAUGGAUUUUAAAUGAUCUUGUUCAUUUAGUGAAUAACUUUCAUCAAAUAAAGAAUUUGCAUCAAUCUAUCAGCUCAAAAAAGAUUUUCUCAUAUUUUCAGUUAUUUUAAAAGAAUGUACACAUUUCAAUUUCAUUUACUCCAAUGGUUUUACUUAAUUGCAUCAUUUUCCAGCGUUUUUAUUCAAAUAUUUUACAGAAACAUGAUAGUAUUGCAAAAGUAAAGGUAUAAAUCCUGGGCAUCUUAAUUAGACAUUUCAGUAAAAAUUGUGCCUGAUUAAAUAUUGAAAGGGUCAUUUAUUAGCUUAUCUAAAUGUGACAUGUAAGAAACUUGAAUAGGUGUAGACGCGGCCUCAGUAAUUAGCAAAAUAAGAAGUAGCAAAAGACAGAAAACAGUAUAUUUAUGGAAGGUUAAGUUAGCAAAUUGCAAUACAAUUGUAUAUCGUAAUAGCCAUGCUAUUUCUGAUUAGACAAUAUUUUUUUAGUAAAACGUAUAUUGUUAUAUCAAAACGUCUUAAUAAAAAGUUAAUGCAUAUUGUAUCUCCUCUUUCUUUCGGACAAGUAAACUAACAUGAACAAUGUAUGUAUUCCAAUCUAUAUUCUAUUUAAAUGAUAUAUUGUCCAGUCGGUUAUAGCACGUUUCAAAGUAAAAGAAAAUGCAUCGUUGUUGAGUAUAACAGGCGGCGUUUAGAACGCACAUUUUAUUGAAAGAAUACGCCAAUUAACCACUGGCGACCAAGACACAGACUUGUUAAAAACAAUAUUGAUAAACUAAGGGUUGCCCAAGAAAUAAUGUGGUAGGCUAAAGUUGUUUCAAAGUCAUUAUCAACCGUGAAGUUAGACUUGUCAGUAAUUUAGCUUCAGAUAAAAACAAAACAAAUUGAAUAGAUAUUGCGAGUAUAUUUUUAUAUAACAUCAUGUGCUCGUAUCUAAGCGUUAAUUUUAUGUUAUUUUUCUAGAAUAGAGCUUGGGCGCCGACAUUUUGUUCACCAAUAAUAUGAUUGAAUUGUGAAAAUGGCAUACAUUUUUUCAAACGGUUAAAAAUGAAAACCAAUCGUCAUUCAAGAAUGCGAAAGCGGCCACUGAUUGGCGGAUUGAAAUAUCACAGGAGGGUCGACCUAUAUUGGCAACAGUCGGAUCCGAAACCGUUGAUACAUUUCAUUUACGAGCCAAUUUAAAUCAGAUUAAUUCCAUCACAUUUAUUUUUACUUACACGAUCAAUAAUUUACCUGCCGUUAUCAUUAUUAUAGCUCUUUCUGACUAAGAUUUAGGAAAAAAUGAAAUAAUUGAGAAUCAGGGAUAUUUCAGAUACAAUUCUGUGGAGGUUUGAUUUGCAGAAUUAUAAUUAUACAGCUCAUUAUGCUAAUCACGUUUUAAAAAGUUGGUAAAAAUUAAUGGUGAAUCCCAUACAAUAGGCUCUCAUCCAUAUAAUUCAAUGUCUAUCAUUAUGUUUUUUAUGUAAAUUGAUUGACGUUAAAGAAUAAAUUCGUCGCUACAACCCUCAAUUAGGGUUGAUAGUGACGUAUUUCUCAUGUAUAACAAAAAUAGAAAACAUUUUGGCCUAAUAAUAAAAGAUUUCUACGGAUUAAAAUCUUUGUGUGUCUAGUUAUUUGUUUAAAUAGAUAUAUCUUAUCUCCGGGCAUAUAGCCUUACUUAUGCGUAAUUAUGCAUAUAUUGCAUAAACCUUUUGAAUAUUUCGUCCUUUUCAAAUCAAGCAAACUUUACUUCCAUGAGGAAUAUUGCUUUGUCAUGUUGAGAUCGUAAAAAUUAAUUAUCUAUUCAUAUGUUCAGUCAAACCUAAACGUUCAACAUUUUUGUUUUUUUUUUUUCAUUGUAUUAAUCGACACUUGACCAUUGAUCUUAAAGAUUCAGACUUACACUCUUUCAUAGCUAACCGAGUUCAAGACUUUUUUAUAUAAAAAAUAACACAGACAGAAAACAUUUCAUUUUUCAAGUUUUUAAUAUUUUAAUAUUUCAGUAACGAUAAUUCGUCAACACAACAUAAAAUUUGUGCUAGACGAUCAAUUAAUUAGAUAAUGAUAAACGAUUUAAAACAAACCACACAAAAAUAUUGAUAAAGUAUUUUAAGAUAUGGUGCAAAAAAAUAGCAUCAGUAGCAAAAAAUAGUAUCAAUAACAUAAAAUAGCAUCAAUAACAUAAAAUAACAUGAAGCAGUACAAAUAGUAUAAAAUAUCAACAAUAGCAUCCAUGUAAUAUAAUAGUAUCAAUAGCAUAAAAUAGCAUCAAUAUCAUUGGGGUAAAUAUCAAAGCUGAACACUUUAAAAUAUUGACAGACAUAAUAAAACUUAUGUCAAUUCAGUAAAACUUAUGUCAAUUAAGUCAUAAACAAAAACAUAAAAAAAGAAAUCAAGCGUUGCCUUUUAUGGCACAAAACAUGUACAUUUCAAAUUCUAAUGCCGAUACAUUCAA